UCCGUCCGAGCUUUGCAACGUGGAACCAGAACUAAAGGAGAGAAGUUUCUAUAAAUUUCCUUCCCCACCGACUAAAAACCAAACACACACCUUUGAAUCUUCAUGAAACUUCUCGAACAAAUCAAUCACCACCAGCUAGUGCUUCUUUUAUUCCCUCCCAGGCUCCCACCCUUUAUUCGUUCCACAUAACUCAAAUCUGACGAAACCGAAAUACGCUUCCGCUGCUUUCAUUGAAUCAAAUCCACAAGCAUCUGGCAGCUAUGGCAGAUGACGGAGCCGUAACACUCUACAACAACACGGCCAUCACCGACACCAAGAAAAACCCAUUGUCAAUCAAAGUGGGCCUGGCCCAAAUGCUCCGUGGCGGCGCCAUUCUCGAAGUCUCAACCCUCAACCAAUCCAAAAUCGCCGAAGAAGCCGGUGCGUGUUGUUUAGUCGUCACCGAACCCAACCGCCAAGGGAUUGCACGCAUGCCGGAUCCUUCUCUCAUCAAACAAAUAAAACGCGCCGUUUCAAUCCCCGUCAUGGCUCGUUGCCGCAUCGGCCAUUUCGUUGAAGCCCAGAUACUCGAACGAGUCGGAGUCGAUUACAUUGACGAAAGCGAGGUUUUAGCUGUAGCUGAUGAAGAUAAUUUUAUUAACAAACAUAAUUUUAGAUGCCCUUUUGUUUGCGGCUGCAAAAAUCUCGGCGAAGCGUUGAGGAGAGUGAGGGAAGGAGCUGCCAUGAUUAGAACACAAGGUGACUUGUUAGGGACUGGUAAUAUUGUUGAAACGGUUAAAAACGUCAGGUCUGUGAUGGGUGAAGUUAGGAUUUUAAAUAACAUGGAUGAAGAUGAAGUUUUCUCGUUUUCCAAGAAAAUUGCUGCCCCUUAUGAUUUGGUUGCUCAAACUAAGCAAAUGGGGAGGCUGCCAGUUGUGCAUUUUGCUGCUGGUGGAAUUGUGACUCCGGCAGAUGCUGCAUUGAUGAUGCAGCUAGGGUGUGAUGGUGUUUUUGUGGGAUCUGAAGUGUUUGAUAAUUGCUCUUAUCCGUAUAAGCGUGUUCGUGGGAUCGUAGAGGCGGUUAGGCAUUAUAAUGAUCCUCAUGUUUUGGUCGAGAAUAGUUGUGGAUUGGAGGAGGAGAUGGCGGGGCUUAACGUUAGUGAGGAAGGGAUGGAAGGGUUUGGAGUACGAGGAGCUUGAUCAAGGAAUGUAUCUUUCUUUUGGUUGUUGUUGUUGUUGUUGAAGAAUAUGAGUCUUUUUUUUUUCUCCUUACAGCUGUUGUUGUUUUAGUUUUGCUAAGGUUAUGGUUUGGAUAUGCUGUAUUUUGCAUGUUGAACUCUUUGAGGAUAUAAUACAGAAAUGAACUAGAAUAAGUUGGUUAAUCAGUCUCUCAAACUGUUUAUGUAAUUACAUUUUUGGUUCUCACUACUUAAAUGUAGAUGAGAUUGAUUCAGUAGCUUUUUGCUAUUGAGUGAUUACGGAUUCACAGUAUAGCUAUCUUGAUCACUGCCCUGAUUAAGAAGUUUAUUUGUUUUGUGUAAUUGAACAUUUUUUCCCUUUUAUCCUAGACUAACAUAUAGAAUAUCUGCUCUAUGUGUUGUAUUUUCGUUUAUGCUUUAUUUAAUUAUUGCAAAUUAACUUUUCUGAGAGCUAACAGCGAGGAGAAUUGGAGCUUGUAUAUAAGUUUUGUUUGUUUACUAGUACAAUUGCAUAUAUGGUAGGACCAUAUUGUUAUCAAGAUAACGAAGACUACACUGAGUUGCCUAAUUCAGUUCUGAGCCUAUAGCCAAUAUUGACCAUUGUUAAUUAGUCCAUAGCCUUUGUGUAUGCUCCAUUUACAGUUUACCAUGUAGGAUGUUAUGCAAAUGAUGCAUGCUAAUGUCUUCAAAGAGAUGGAUCCAGUAGAGGUGCUGCAAUUAGGGAAUAUGAUUUUGAAAGUCAUUGCUAUUUCAAAUUUAUGGUUGUACAUGUAACCCAUUAAAUAUUAAUGCAUUUUUAUUGGCAUCUGUAAAAAGAGUUUUUGAACUUUGAAUGUCAUUUAUCUAAAUAACAGGCAUAAAGAUUGCACUAGCAUGCUGGGAACAUCUCAUUUUAGAGGAUGUGAUGUUAGUCUAACAAAUAAGAUCAUGUACACAUGCUUUCUUAUUUCAGUUUGUACUAAUAAAACCACACCCAAGUGAUCUCAAGCCAAUGCUAUACUCCAGGCUUAUUUAAAAGUUUUUGAAUUUACUGAGUGGUACUGAUUCUCUUCCUCUCUUUAUAUGCCUUACUUGUUGUUUGCCCUGUUUUUACCUUCUCUGAAACUUCUUGGUUUUCCUGGCUUAGAUAUUCUAACCUGUGUUUAGGGAUGGCAAACCCACCCGUAACCGGCGGGUUCAGACC